AUGCGUACUUCGAGUGUUGUAGGCACCAAUAAUGGAAGCCGUCCUAGGUAUGAAAUUGAUGAAGAACAGGUAAUGUUCUAAAACUUUCACCUUCGUUCAUUAUAAACAUUUAUUUUGUAAACUAAAUUCAAGAAUUCCGAUUCUGAAGGUUAAUAUUUUAUUUAAUUUGCUACGUUUCGAGCAGUUUGACUGCUCGUCGUCAGGACAACUACAACUACUCGCGCAAAUUUUUGGUAUUUGUGACCGUACUCUACGAAGGAAACGAGAGGAGUUUACUGCAAGAACGGAAAGCUUUAGUGAUAUAUCUGAGGCUGACCUUUGUGAAGUGAUUGAGAGUAUUCGUUUUCUGACCCCCAACAUUGGACAAUCUCACUUACUUGGGGCUCGUAGAUGCAGAGGAUUUACCAUUCAAAGAUAG